AUGUUGAAAAAGAAAGGCUCCGAGCAACUAGACAUCAUAUUUGAAGCUGGCGAAGAUCUCUUGAACUUCUCCAAGAAUCAAGUAAUCAUGAUAAAGAACAAUUCUAUCAAACUUCCAAUCAUCAAACCCAGAACCUUCUUAUCAUAUAGUUUUGAAUUCUGUGGAAUCACAGGUCUCAGUUACAAGAUGCUCAGAUUCCAAUCCCUAGGCAGAGACAUCAGACCUGAAACCAACAUCAUGACUUCAUGUCUAGUCAAAGUAAUUCAUACAACUGAGUUCUCAUAAAUGGCAUAAAACCCCUUAAAAACUUCAUUCUAAGGGUUGUUUACACAAGGCAGUCAUAGUGAUAUUCUGCUCCAAAUUAAUAAAGAAAGUCCAAUACCAUUGCACAAAUGCAUUUUGGCAUGUAGAUCCCCAAAGUUUAAUGGGAUGUUCUCCUCAAAUAUGAUUGAAAGCAACCAAAUUUUAGUUAAGGUUGAACACAACAAACCAGAACUGUUUAGGAUAAUGUUAUAAUGGAUUUAUUGCGGGUAUUGGAAAGAAUUCCCAGAAGAGAUUGAAGACACCUGUGAUUUAAUGUUACUAGCUGAUGAGUAUUUGAUUACUGACUUAAAAUAAAAAUGUGAAGAAGAUAUUAUUUCAAAAUUGGGUAGUAGCAAUAUAUUAUAAAUAUUGCUAUUUGUGGAGUAACACUCAAAUUUAGUAUCUCAACUUUUAUUGGAAAAAACAAACUCAAUGUUUAUAGAUGACUUUGAUAAGAUCCAUAAGUUAAAUCCAAAUUUAGAAUAAGAUAUAACAAGAAUGCCUGGCUUGAUGACGAAACUCUUUUAAAAUUUACAUUAGAAAAAAAUAAGGAAGGGAAGAAAAGUACACUUUGUGGUUGAUGAUUUUGAAGAAUCAGAUUCAGAUGACUAUGUUAGAAAUUACACGCAACAUUUCUACUAAUGAUUAUAGCAUGAUAUUAAAUUUUAUAU